AUCAAAAGUGAAGUUUAGCCAAAAACGUCAAUUCAGGAUGUGCAAAAACUUCUGACAGGCAGGCAAUGUCUUUAUCAUGACGUUGGGCGCUUGGGAAUGCUUGCAUCCGGGGGCGUUUAUACGAGUUUUUUUGGAAAAAAAAAAAAAAAAAAAAAAAAAAAAACAGCAGAAGGAGGGAACUUGUGCCGCUGCUCCGUUACUCCAGCAAUAACACAAGCACCAAUCUCUGAAGGCUCCUGAAGCACUGAGCGUUCAAACGGGAAUUACUGUUUAUCAUCGAGCCGUUUAUCCGCGCUGUGGAUUUUAAUAACUCUGUAAAAGUGUGGCAUUUGGACAUUAUGGUGCGGUACUUUAUUCUAGCGGCUCUUCUGCCUCUACUCGCUACAGCAGCCCUGAUACCAAACAGCGGUAACUCGAGCAUCGUGCGGACGUUUUCUGGCUUUUUCCUGACGGUCACGGACGAGCCGUUUGACUAUCUGGAUGUGCUGGAGGGCAGCGGCUCAGGCUUCAGCCAAGAGCGCGAGAGAGAGCAGCGCCACCCUGCGGGAAAAAGGCACUAUCACAUCUCCAAAGAGGCCUCUCAGUUCCUCACGAGCCCUUUGGUGACCGUUUUCAUCCCAACUGUCUACACGCUCAUCUUCAUCAUCAGUGUUCCUCUAAAUGUGCUCGCCCUGGUCAUGUUUAUCCGCCGCGUGCACCCCAAGAAGCCGGCUGCGAUCUACAUGCUGAACUUGGCCUGCGCAGACUUGCUCUUCGUUUUGCUGUUGCCAUUUCGCAUCGCCUAUCAUUACAACGGAAACCACUGGAUCUACGGCUCCGCCAUGUGCCGCGUGGUCACUGCUGCCUUCUACUGCAACAUGUACUGCUCUGUGCUGCUGAUCACGUGCAUCGCCGUGGACCGCUUCCUGGCCGUGGUCUACCCGAUGGACUCGCUGAUGUGGCGCAGCCCCAAAACCGCUUCGGCCGCGUGCGCCGCCAUGUGGCUUCUCUCCAUCGGUGGGGUCACGCCUCUGCUCGCGUCCGAACACACCGUGCACUUGGCCGAACUGGACAUCACCACGUGUCACGACGUGAUGGACAUCGAACACCUCCGCGGCUACUACCUUUACUUUUUCCCCAUCUUCUGCUCGCUGUUCUUCUUCAUCCCGUUUAUGUUCACCACAGUUUGUUACAUUGGCAUCAUUCAAACGCUGUGCGCACUCGGCGGGGAAAACCGAGCCCGGAAGUCGCGCGCCGUUGCCAUGGCAGCCACGGUGUUCGCCUUGUUCGCCGCGUGCUUCGCGCCCACCAACAUCAUCCUGCUGACACACUAUGUCCGCUUCGCCCGCGCGCACGACGACGCUUCAUACGCUGCUUACCUGGUGGCCACGUGUGUGGGAAGCCUGAGCUGCUGCCUAGAUCCGCUCAUAUAUUAUUUCGGCUCGUCGCGCUGUCAGAAGCAGGUGCUGGCCUUCUUCAAGUGUCGCUCUGCACUGGCGCGCUCCCAGCUCAGCAGCACCAGUGGCAGCACCUCAUCCAGCAAGCUGGAGACUUUCAAAAGCAACUUAAGCAGCCAGUACAGUAAGCUGGUUGCGUGAGCUCCACAAAAAAAGUAUGACUCCACAAAAAAAGUACUUAAUCAGGCUUGGGACUGAUUUGCACUCAUAGCAAAUGUGCCCUAUACUACCCAUAAUGACUGCGUUCUUAAAUACGUUGUUAAACCACUAUCUUUACUGAGCAGAUAAGCUUGUAAAAAUAAGCUGUUUGCAUCUAUUUAGUUACCCCACCAAACUGGCCAAGAAAUUCUGCAUGAAACUGUUUACAUCCCCUAAACAUCCUCCCAACCAACCCUUAAGGGUUGUUUUGAUGAAAAGGAAAUAUUUGAGGAAAUAUGUUGAAUGGGGUAUCUUAAGGUAUCUUGAAAGGCAUUUAAAAUGACAGACUCCACUAUUACAAUUGUAUUAUGUAAACAAAAUUUAUUGUUACAGGAAAUGUGCAAGAAAAACGUAACUGAUAAUUGAAACUGCAACAAUAUACACAAUAAUUGGAAAAGAACUUGGCCACUUUAGAAACCAGAAACAUAAGCUUUCUAUCAGUAUUCCUUUCAAUGGAAUUAUCAGGGGCAAUUAAAAAAAAUACAUUGCAUCUGUAGACAGCUGACUAGCACUGAUGUCUCCUAAAAAAAAAAGCAACAAUCCCCACUGUUUUGUUCCUUUCAUAGCAGAAGAAAUCCCCGACACUCCCUAUGAAACUUAACAAAAUGACUCAUGAAGAUAACAUUACGCAAUAACAAGACAUGCAUCAAGACAGAGAAAUAGCAUGAGAGAUGAAGCAGAAAUCCUGCAAAAACAUUUGGAUUGUUCUUUUCCACACUUGAGCUACAGAGCGACAUUAAAACAAGCCUAACAAGCCUGCUUGUGGUUUGUUCAGACUGGCUGUGCUGGACCAGGGAAAUGUUUGAAUGUUACACUGCAGCACUCCCACGGGGAACAUCCACAAUGAGAAUCCAAGUGCGUUUGUUUCUUCAUUGCUCCAUUCAGUCUCACACGCUCAUCGUCAUGUUGGGAGAGUACUGCAGAUAAACAGAAACCUUCCUCAUAUACAGUACAGAAAAAGGCAAAGGCAAGGAAAGUAUUAAAUAAGUACCUGUAACCUAUAAUACAGCUUUAAUAGAAGCCGUGUACCUACUCCAGGCUAUGCCCAUGAGCACUGUAAUAUUAUUUGUAAAAGAGUAACAUCACGUUAUGUUAAAUAAAUGUCUUACAAACUAUUUCUUGUCACAUGUGAGAGUUAAAUUGUCCAAAAAAUCAAGAAGCCUACUGGGAAGAAUCCACCCUGAACAACUUGGAUAGUAAUCUUGCAUAUUAAUUAACAUGUAACCUCUAAUUUGUAAUGAAAUUAUGAGUUGACACAUUGCUCUAUUUUCACUUUGGUUAAUGGUUUCCUGCAUAAGCCACAAUGCCAUUUGACUACCUUCUGAUGCCUAAAGAGAGCAAUACAGCAGAGCUUUAGUCCUUUAAUCUGUCCAGCUCUUUCAUCUUAUCAUCUAUACACUCUGCUCAAACAGAUCAGGCUCCAAAGCUUUAACUGUCAUGCUAAUACCCCUAACUUCUCUUGGGAAUAAUGAAAAUACAGCACCAACCAACAAAUUAUGUAGCACCAGAAUCAUUAAACACAUCACAAAUA